CACACGUUCCCUUUGGACAUGGAAAUACGAAAAAAAUGGAUUCAUUCUAUUCGUCGUGCCGAUUAUAUCAUCACUCCGAAUUCAAGAGUCUGCAGUCGACACUUCAAGAGUGACGAUUUGAUUGAGCCGUCAACUCCCACGGGACGCCGGCUUCUAAAGAAGGGGGCUGUUCCCACUUUGUUCGAGUGGAACAACUUCGCAACUUCAACACCAAGGCGCACUGGGGUAUGGCAAAGAAGAGAAGUUUCCCCUCCACAGAACGAAGAUCCACUGCCUAUGGAAUUCCAGCAACCAGAACAUGAUUACUGUUCAUCUCCCGUUCCGGCGGCAGUCGAUCUUUCUUUAGAUCGAACUGAAGAACUCCAAAAGGAGGUGGAGCGCUUGAAGAAGCAAGUGGAAGAGCUGUCUGUCCAUCACAGUUUUUGCUUGGGGCGUUUUGCUGCAUCUGACGAUGACAUACGGUUCUUUACUAGGUUUAUGACCUACAGUCAUCUCAUGGCGUUCUGGAGACUCAUUGAGCCUGCAACCAACAGAAUGGUUCGUGUGACAAGGGCAAAAGGAGCUACAAAAAGCGGUGAAGUUGGAGCAACAGGCAAUGCAUCUGGUCACUCCCUACCGCCCAUAGAUGAGUUUUUUCUCUUUAUGGUGCAUCUGUCCCUUGGUCUAACACAGAGGGAUCUGGCUCAAAGAUUUAAUAUUCACCAGUCCACCGUGAGUCGUAUUAUUACAACCUGGGCCAAUUUUCUUUAUACCCUCCUUGGAUCAGUGCGCAUCUGGAUGUCUGAGGAGAUGGUCAAGGCUCACAUGCCAAAGGAGUUCCAGGAUUACCCAGAUACGCAAGUAAUCAUUGACUGCACAGAGCUCCGGUGUCAAACACCAUCCUCCCUGUUGCUUCAGAGUGAAGUCUUCUCCUCUUAUAAAUCCCACUGCACCUUCAAGGGGUUAAUUGGCAUGGCACCACACGGUGCAGUUACUUUUAUUUCAUCCCUGUAUGCAGGAUCUGUCAGCGACAAGGAGCUUUUGAAGCAGUCUGGAAUUGUGCCUCUACUGAAACCUAAUAUGGCUAUUAUGGUCGAUAAAGGUUUUCUGGUGGAUGACUGUGUGCCAUGCAAAGUCUACAGACCUGCUUUCCUGUCAAAAAGGGAACAGAUGUCGGCUGAUGAGGUAAGGAAGACGCAGUCCAUUGCUCGUCUGAGGGUCCACGUCGAGCGUCUCAUCCGCAGGGUGAAGCAACACAAACUAUUUGAUACUGUCAUCCCUCUUUCAAUCACAGGAAGCAUAAACCAGCUGUACACUGUUGCUUGCCUUCUUGUCAAUUACCAGAAUGGGCCCUUGGUAAAAGCAUGGGCAACGGAUUAAAGACUUUGUAUGGGAUGGAUAAAUUUUGAUUGGCAGAGAAUCCUAUGUAAAUUAAAUGUAUUUGCUAUGUAUGUUUUUGUAAUCGAGUAACAGAAGCAUUUCUUUCACAAUGCUAAUGUAAAAACUGUAAUGCAGCAAUGUAAAUAAGUAAUUUUGAUGCAGUUUUAAUGUACACCACUAAUGUAAACAUGUAAAUAACUGAUACAGUGUUUCUGUAAAGAUGAAAAUAUAAACAACUUUCAAAAAGCUUGUAAAGUGCACCACUAAUGCAUGUAAAUAACUUAGAUACAGCUGUGCGCCACUAAUGUAAACAUGUAAAUAACUUUGAUACAGUUUCUGUAAACAUGUAAAUAUAAAUAACUUUGAUACAGCUGUGCACCACUAAUGUAAACAUGUAAAUAACUUUGAUACAGUUUCUGUAAACAUGUAAAUAUAAAUAACUUUGAUACAGCUGUGCACCACUAAUGUAAACAUGUAAAUAACUGAGACCGUGUUUCUGUAAACAUGAAAAUAUAA